AUGGCAAGUGGCGAGCUGCUGGCCAAACGUGAGACGAGUGGACGACUCACGUGUACUCGCGUCGAUGGCUUCGGCAGAAACAUCGAGGCACGCAUGCAAAGCAAGGUCACAGGGACUCUCUCAACUACAGCCAAGGAAUUCCUGCCCAAGGUGUAUGCGGCAUCAAGCGAUUUUAUGAAGCUCUUGUCUGACAAAUGUAUCCUGGAUCCGGUUCAGCAGUACAGCUACGACCUCUUCAAGAGCUCGGCAGGGAACUCGUAUUUGACCUCAUCGACCUUGUCGUACUUCAAUGACACAGACAUUGGGCAACUUCAAGUACUCGACGUUGUUGACUGUGUUGGACAGAAGAAGAUGCAACGAUCUAGACAAGGAGUUGACCCUGCCAGCAGUUCAACAGACAAGCAUGUCACUUGGAAGUGUUCUCCAUGGGACAACUUCGAGUAUCAGCCCGGGCCGUCAGAAGGCACAACUUCGGUAUUCGACAAGCUCGGUCGGGUCCUCAACCAGACUCGCCCAAGCCACAACGACUCGGCCAUUAACGUCGUCUCAAGCCUGCAAUAUUCUAUUGAUGGCGGAACAGUCUUGGAGACUGUUACCGGACCAGAUUCAAACGCGAGCGCCACUAAUGUCGUGCUUUGGUCUGCGCCUCGUACAUAUAUUUCCAUCAACGGAAAGGAGCAUAUUAUCUCAGCUACGAAUCAGGGAGCCUUGACUUCAGAGUUCACGUGCGAUGUUGCCGGCAAUCUGUUGUCUGCUUCCGAUCCUCAAGCAAAGAGGGAAACGAGGAAAUACAACUCGCUUGGCCAGCUUCGGAUCCUUGACAACGUUUAUCAGAGAAUGCAAGACCCAGCUAAGCCAUCGGAGCAGCUAUCGAUGACUUAUAUCUAUAAUGGUACGGGACAGUUAGAGAAAACCAUCAACGCCAACGAAGGGGCGAUUAUGUUCAACGGGGACAGCAAAGGUCGUCCUAUUAGUGAGACUGGUUUUGAUGGCAGAGUGCUCAGGUAUCAGUACGAUGAUGCUGGCAAGGAGAGACUUUCCUCGAUGACGGUUUAUCCUUCAGGUGAAGCAAAGCAACUGGAGACAAAGCUUAGCUUUGAGUACGACGAACGGGCCCGACUGAGCUCUCGGGCUUUGACUUUCGCCGAUGGGGUUGAGUACGAAAUAGUCUUCGAGUACGAUUGGCAGGGACAGGUAAUGACCAAGUCUUAUCCCAACGGUGCUACCAAACUGAACAAGUACAUCGGAUCUCUGCUUUCAUACAGCGAGGUCUACGCUGAGGGACCAGGAGGUCAGCGAGAGACAUGGCUCGACGGCACCUUUGAGUGUAACAAUGCAACGGAAAAGCCCAACAAAAUCACAUUUGGCAAGGCCGACGGACAGACCGAUUUUCAGCACACUUUCGAGUACGAUCUCCAGUCGUACACCCUCAGUCACAACCUUGACCAACUAGGGCAGUCUCCCUCAGACACAAAGCCCUUGGUUCAGAAGACGUAUAUCUACAAUGGAGCAGACCAACUUGCCCAGAAUCUUGACGGCAUGUCCAACGUGGCCAAGAAGUACAACUAUGAAGGUAAGCGUCUCAAGAACUCACAGAUUGGAGACGCAAAUAUGAAGAACUAUGUAUAUGAUUCGUCAGGCAACAUCCUCACCAAGGCGGACACGACCAUUUCAUAA